AUGGCCGGAGACUCCUUCUUCGCGACAAAAACGCGCAAGCGGAAACGCGAUACCGGCUCCUCCGGCCCGAAGAAAUCAGCGCGCAGAAACGACGGGAGCGCGCGCUCGGGCCCUUCGUCGCGUAAAGGCGGCCCACAACCUGCAAAACGGAGCAAGCGGGCCGAGGACGAGGAGUUGGGCUCGGAGGGCGGGAGUGAUGGAGGGGAUAUUGACGAUAUGGAUCUCAGGGCGGACGAGGUGGAUGAGAAUGAGAGCGGCGAGGAGGACGAGGACGAGACGCCGGCAGAGAAGAGGCUCAGGCUCGCCAGGCUUUAUUUGGAGUCCGUAAAGGAGGGUCUGGCUGAUGGCGAAGUCGACGCUGCUGAUAUCGACCGGGACAUCAUCUCGGCGAGGCUGCAGCAGGAUGUGAUGGAACACGCGGGGAAAGUGCAUCUAUUCGUCGCAGACUCGUAUGACUAUGACACUCCUCCAACACUCCGUCUACGGGGCCACAAACUAGCCGUGACCUCCGCUGUGGCGUCCGACGACGCACACAUACUGUUCACAGCAGGCAAAGAAGGCAACAUAGCCAAAUGGGAUCUCCGCACCGGUGAACGUCUGUCUACCUUUCCCAAAGUCCGCGUGGACACAAAAGGGAAGGGAAAGGCUCGCGCGGACGAUGUGCAGGGCCACACAGACGAAGUUCUUUCGCUCGCGCUAAGCGAGGGUGCGCGAUAUCUGGCUAGUGGUGGCAAAGACCGAAGAGUCGGUGUCUGGGACGUUGAGAAGGGCGAGUGGGUGAAGGGCUUUGGCGGUCACCGCGAUACGAUAUCUUCCGUCGCAUUUCGAAAAGGAAGCCAACAGCUAUACUCGGCGUCGUACGACCGAACGAUCAAACUAUUCGACUUGGGAGUCAUGGGCUAUGUCGAGACGCUCUUCGGGCAUCAAGACUGCGUAUUGAGUCUUGACGCGUUACGUUCCGAGACGGCUGUCAGCGUCGGCGGACGAGACAAGACGGCGAGGUUCUGGAAGAUCGUGGACGAGAGUCAGCUUGUGUUUCGUGGUGGAGGACGAAGUGCUGUGCGGGAGUUGCUGGAAGGUGGCGCGUUGGAGGGUAUGGAAGGCGAGGAGGGCGAGGCGCCGCAAAAGAAGGAAGGGGAGAAGAAACGGUUCGUCGAAGGCAGCCUGGAUUGUAUCGCCAUGAUCGACGAGCAGACUUUCUUGACUGGCGGAGACAGCGGCUCACUAUGUCUGUGGAACACGCAGAAGAAGAAGCCCGUGUUCACUCAGGCGCUCGCGCACGGCUUCCACGAAACGCAAUCGGAGACAGAAGGCCUGCUCAAAUCUCCGCGCUGGAUCACCGCGUUGGCUACUCUCAGAUAUUCCGACCUGUUCGCCUCCGGUUCCUGGGAAGGCGACAUCAGGAUAUGGAAGCUCGACGCCAAACUCAAAUCUUUCUCUCUGGUCUCGACGAUCCACGCAGCGGGCGUCAUCAACUCUCUGCAACUGGUGUCGACGCCGAAAGGCUGGGAUGACAGCGCAGCAUGGUCGCAGCGCAAGCCGCCAGACGCGAAUUCCGAGCCGAGAAAGAAGAACGCACCGCCGACUGUGUUGCUUGUUGCCGGUGUGGGCCAGGAAACACGACUCGGGCGGUGGAUCACUGUCAAAGGUGAUGGCGCGAGGAAUCAGACUUUGGUGUUUGCGCUUCACCCGCGUCGGACAUAG